CUGCUGAACCUAAAGAGGGAGUUCCAGCACCACAAGGACAAAAUCCACGAGUACAACCUCCUGAUGGACACGGUCAGCCGCACGGAGGAGUUUCGGGAGCCUCGUGUGAUUGAGCUGUGGGAGUCGGCAAAGAGAGCAAACCUCAGCCGGGACGAGCUGGACUCCCUCAAGGUAGAGACCCUUUUUAUAAAAGAAAAAAAUAGAGAUUCCUCAGCUCUCUUUUUCUCUAACUACUCUGUAGCCGACAGGUCAGCUCACAGAAACCUUCAGGGGAAGUAA